CAAAAAUCGUAUCUUUUUCAAGACCAGCCAGGCAGCUCCACGAUGGCCCGAGACUUGACGUUCUUUGAAUCGAUCGCCAAGUCUUUUGAAGGGUUCUCGCAAUGGCUCGAUGCUGCGCUCGCACCGAGUGGACAUCCUUCGCGGAAAGAUGUGGACCGGUCCAAGGGGCCAUCACAUCCGUCGCACAUGUCGGUUGCGAACGAGCGCGCCAUCAAAAAGUACAAACUCGACCACGAGUUGUACGUGUCGACGUACCCGUCGUUGGUCCCCACAACAGUCGAUGUCCAAUCUAACACCAAGUCGGCCAGCGAUAGGGCCAUGGACGACAUCACCGUGCGAUUCCAUCGAAGUUUGUACGUGAGUAAGAACGCAGACAUCGCGACUGCGCAUAAGGUGCACCACCAAACCAAGGAGCUCCACAUGACGAACACCGCCGAGUACAGCCGUCACUUAGCCCGAUUGGAAAACCGAUUGGACAAGUGUCAGCAAAACAGCGUUCGGUCUCGCGCGUGGAAUAGCAUUGCGCAGGCCAAUGUCAAGCUCAGCUCCAUGGACAUUCUCGUGCGAGACUUUGAGCUGCUGGUGCGGCCGACUCCCGAUAUCGUCGCUAAAAUCCUCGCCAAGCUUAACAUGUUGCACAUUGCGGUGGCAUCCGCGGGCCAAAACGCCGUGUCGCUGCUGGUGGAGGAGCUCCAUGUCCUCGAAGCGCCUUCGUCGGUCUGCGUCUCCCGCGUGCUCGUGCACGUGUGCGCGUACUUGUCGACGCGGGACAUCGCGUGGCACUGCCUCAUCGUGUCCAAGGCCUGGAACGCCGUGGUCGCCGCCAACCAACUCGUAUCGCGUUCGAUUCGAUCGUCCCAUGUUCGCAUGUGUUUCUGGCGGCAUGCGAUUGACGCUCACACAAGAACACGUGACACAACCAACAAACAACUAGCUCCCUUCCAGUCCAAUCUAUCCCCACGACGUUGUUCGUCGUCAGCACCUCGCUGGUGUUUUCACACGUUGCUGGAGCGGGCAAUGCUUGACAAACACAAUCGAUUCCAUCGCGCCAUCCAUGCCGACGUGGCGCGCACGACGUUUGUCCAGGCCGAGCAAAUGUACCCCGCCGCCUCUUCUCUUGCUGCUACCGUUCGUCUGGGCACCGACCUCCUCGCGACGGACCACGAUGUUGCGACCCUCUCCGCCCUCCAAGCCAAACUCACGCGGGUCCUCCAAGCCUACUGCCAGCUGGAUCCGGUCGUCGGGUACUGCCACGGCAUGACAUUUCUCGGCGCGACCGUGCUCACGUGCGCAGGGUACGACGAAGUGGCUUCGUUUCACAUGUUUGCGUCCGCUAUGCAGCACUACGACAUGGCGAGUGUGUUUACUCUGCCAGAUCUGCCCGGCACCAAGACCCGCCUGCACCAACUGGACAACCUCAUGCGGCUGCACCUGCCAUCCCUCCACAAAUGCCUGCGCACACAUCGCAUCCACCCGCACAUGUUCGCGUCUGGAUGGAUCAUGAGCCUCUUCCUCAACGAACCGUCACUGUCCCCGGCGUCCAGAGGUAUCAUCGUCGACGAGUUCUUCCAGGGGGGCUGGCCCCGCAUGUUUCGCAUCUACUUGGGGCUGCUCAGCAUCCACGCCGACUCGCACCUCGUCACCCCCCACGCUAGCCACACGCUGCGGGCACUCGUGCAGCUGCCUAAGCUACUGGACGCGUCGCUCCAGACUGUGCUGGACCAAGGGCGCAAUCAUUUUACACUCGCCACGUCUGAGAAUGCGCUGGCCAUCAUGGCCUACGACCCGACGGCAGCAGCCGAUAUCAGCGACUACUUUUAGGGCUGGUCUGGAUACCACCACCCCAUAGAAUUAUGCCAUACUACAGUGUAUUGUCGAUUUGAUACAAAUU